UCGGGGCUCCACGUUCAAGUGCUAUGUACCCAACUGCUUCAGACAAACGCAGAUUCGGUGAAAAACGUAGCCUUAAUGCGAGCAUCGCCAGUGAAAUGUCCCGCUUGCAUCCCUGUUACACUAUCGCCAGUAGUUACCGAUGACUCUUGGGGCAGAUCAGGAGUGAGCAGGGUUUUCCAACGGGAGCAUAACCCGUCUGACACACUGGGUAAUGCAGAAGACUGCAGUGUUGAAGAGUUUCCUUAUUCUCCAAAACUUUCUUGGAGGUUUCGGCUAAUCAGUGCUUCCUGGAACAAGUACCGUUCACCGUCUAGACCGUGUGUAAACGGGACAGAGGUAUAAGAGUUAAUGAUGAGCUCAACCAGGUUAACCACCCUGACUGGACUAGGACCACCCUACAUCUCUCUGCAGCAUUUAAUGUAAUUGUUAGAAUAAUAAUCUCACCCAUAAUAAAUACAUUUCUCCAUUCUCAAGGUUAACUGUGUGUCCAUGAUUAUGUAUUUUCCGAAUCAUUGAAAUUAGGAAUAUUGACAUUGAAUAGUAGCGUGGGUUUUUUAUCAAACGACACAUUAAGUUCAUAGACAUACCUAAAGAUAAAGAGAGCAUAAUUAUCAUAUCCAUAUCACAAAUAUACUUUCAUCAAGUCCUCAUUGAUGUAUUGACAUACCGAUAGUCUGUUGUCAUGCUAUAUGGGAUGCAGGCAUUGAUAUAGAAUGGUUUGUGAACUAGAACUUGAGAUGAGUGAAUGAAUACGUUUGUAACAUCAGUGACAGCAAGACCUGAUGCAGGUCGUAGGCGUUUGCCUAACGGGAACGGGAUUCAAACCACAUGUCCCGGGUACGGCCAAGGCAGGUCAGCGAAAUGCGGCGCUCAAGACGAAGCGAUCGGAGCUGUAUCACAUCCACCAGUGUACUGCAGCAACACCACUAAACGUGGACACAAACUGUUCCAAUAUUCUGCCUUAGAAGAGAAGUUGGCUUUGCUGUCAGAGGCAGAGAUCAUUUUCGGGACACCUUCUUGGAUGACAAAUGUCAUACCACGAUGCACUAACCUCAAGUGGAUCCAGUCGAUAACAGCGGGUGUGGAUUCGGUAAUCAAAGAAGUUACAGAACAUAAGGUGAACGCAGACAUCAUACUGACCCGCAACGGGGAAACAUUUGUCCAGCCAAUGUCGGAGCACAUCAUAACUCUGAUACUGGCCUGCAACAAGGGGCUCUACAAGUGUCACGAGCAGCAGAAGCAGGCGAUUUUUCAGAGACGCAACAUUCUUGCAAAACCCCUAGCAUUGUCAUCAGUUGGAAUCUUAGGCCUUGGAUGCAUUGGUAGAGAAACUGCUAGGAUAUGCAAGGCCUUUGGUACGAAAGUGUGGGGCAUGACGCGGACUACUGUGUCAGAAGACAGCAAGUGUCCGAAUGUAGACGAAUAUAGGACAAUGAGUGACUUACAUGAGAUUCUAUCUGAGUGUGACUAUAUUGUGAACAUACUUCCGUCAACGGCAGAGACACGCGGCAUACUGUCUGGAGAAGUGUUUUCCCACUGCAAGAUGGGGGCUACAUUUAUUAAUGUAGGAAGGGGUGAUGUAACGGAUGAAGAGAGCGUGAUAAAGGCUCUCAGAAACAAGUGGUUACAGUACGCUGCACUAGAUGUCCACAUCCCCGAGCCGCUGCCUGCCAGUAGCCCGCUGUGGAGCGAGCCAGGGGUCAUCAUCACACCCCACAUGUCUGGCGGAUAUGUAGGGACUAAGAAUUACGAGCAGCACAGAGCCAAGAUGUUUAUGAAACAAUAUCGACGCUUCAUUAACAACGAACCACUGGAAUACGUAGUUGAUUUGAACAGAGGUUACUGAUGACGGCCCUCAAGUAUUGUUUAACCCGAGGAAAUAAAACAAGACAGAGAUAAUAGACCACAGGGGUUCGAAUCACUGUUUUGACAAUUAUUUUUAAAAAUAACAAUCUAGAUUUUUGCAACCGUAUAUUGUUUUUAUAUGUUAUGAGUAAC